AUGGGUGCUGAGGAUAGACUUAAGCAAGCUUCCUCCAAUUCUGCUGCUCUGCUAGCAUAUGGAGAUUGCCAGUGGCCAUCAGGAAUGGCUGCUGAUCUGCUUGGUACUCAUAGGAUCCUCCUUGCCUUAUUGGAGAUAAAGGAAUCCAUCACAAGGCAUACAGAGAGUAGAGAUUCUAUCAAGAAGAUAGCCAAAUUAUUGCUGAAAGUUAGUGGACAAAAGCUACUGUACUCCUUGGAAGAGCCAAUGGACGAGCAUUUCAAGCAUGAUAGUAAGGAAUCUGUUCGGAAAACAAUCAUAGAGCAUGAUAAGGUCUUCAGACAGCAGGUGCAUGAACUGCAUCGGCUAUAUUGUGUACAGAAAUCGCUGAUGACUGAAGUUGGUUGUGGGAAGCGUAGUUUCCAAUCUAGAACAGAAGAAACUCAAGAAAUGGUGCAUAGAUCAAGAUCAAACCACAACAGAAGUCCUUCCACCUCAGAGACUAAUCAACCUGCUUGCCUUGGUAAUGCACAACACUCUGCUCCUCCACAAGUACCUGAACAAUUGGGUCUUCAAGAAUGCAGGCCAAGGAUAUGCUUAAGCCUCUUCAGUGAAGACAAUUCAGCAGUCAAAGGAGGAAACUGCACAGAAAACCCAGUAGGCAGCCAUAAAGCAGUUAAGGAUGAAAAUUGGAGUGCCACUGUUGAGAGUGAUCUUGACCUCAAACUAAGCAUCGGCCCCAGUUCACCUGCAACAAAAAAUCCACACUGGCUAUUCUCGGGCAGCAGGGGUAGGAACCCUUCUAGUCAGCAUCGAUGAAACAAAUUGGUUAUCUGGACUAGUUAGGUAGAUGGUGUAAUGGCAUGCAAAACAAUCAGGUAGGGAAUGCUCCACCCACCCCCCGUUGAUCCUUCAAAAAAAGAUGGAGUAAUGGCACAGCGCUAUUGUUUCAUUCUGUGCAAGACAAAGCCUCCAUAAAAAGGGCAUAUGCAUUUGUGGAAAUACAAGUCUGAAGAAGAUUGCAAUUUUAACUCCCAA